CACUUAUCAGCGGCGCAGCCAUGUCGAGGUCUUUUUACGUCGAUUCUUUAAUAAUCAAAGAUGCAGUUCGACCCGGACCGGUGGAGCAUCCGGGACAGGACUUCCUCAUCCCCAUCAGCAUGCACUCUCCAAGCGUCAUGACGGUCACCUCUCCGUUGUGCCCGUCCAGGAAGACGGGGACCUUCUGCGUCUGCCCGCUGUGCGUCACGUCCCACCUCCACUCUUCCCGCAGCGGCAUUCCCAUGCUGAAGAGUCAGUUUCCGGGCGUGGAGGCGCAGUACUGUCACAGGAUAGCGCAUCAGCAGUCUCCUGCACUCGCGCACCCGGGACACACACCUGUCUGCACGCCCACGUUCAGCGUCACAGACCCGAGGAGAUACCACUGUCUUUCUAUUGGCGCCUCCGACAACAGCCACAUACAGAACGGCAAGAGGAUGCGCACGGCGUUCACGAGCACGCAACUCCUGGAACUUGAGAGGGAGUUUUCCACGAACAUGUAUCUCUCCAGACUCAGGAGAAUCGAAAUCGCCACGUACUUGAGCCUGUCGGAGAAGCAAGUGAAGAUCUGGUUUCAGAACCGCAGGGUGAAGCACAAGAAGGAGGGCAAAGCCACCCAGAGGAGCGCGCACAGCAGCGGUUGCAAGUGCACGAGCGGCCUCACGGACUACUCGAGGUCGGAGGACGAGGAGUCUCUGUCUCCGGCCUCUGCGUCGGAGGAGAAAGAGGUGUCGCCCAUCUGAGAGGGAC